CCCACCCCCCCCCGAGCUCUGCUUUAGCCAAACAAGGGAAUUUUGUGGUGCUGGAGCUGUCUCGGGGUGGGGGGAAUGGGGGUUGUUGAUGGUUUUGGUGGAACUUUGGCGGUUUUCAGCGGGGCUGGAAUUGUUUUGUGGUGUUUCCUCCCCAGCAGCAGGGCACCGGUGGCAGCUGAGGUGCGGCCGGGCCCAGCCCUCGCCCCCGGGGCACCUGCCGGGGCUCCAGGCACCCAAAACGGGGUGAAAAGAGGCGAUUUCUGUCCCUUCACCCCAAAAACGAUGGCGGAGCCGCCGGUGGUGCCGGUGUUCUGCACCGGCGUUUCGGCGCAGGUGCGGCACCAGCGAGCCAAGGAGCUGGGGCUGGGCCAGCACGACAACGCCGUGCGCUACCUGGGCCAGGAUUUCGGGCAGCUGGUCCAGGAGUGCCGGCGCUCCGGGACCCUGUUCCGGGACCCCGCCUUCCCCCCGGCCGCCACCUCCCUGGGAUUCCGUGAGCUGGGCCCCGGCUCCUCCAAAACCCGCGGCGUGGAGUGGAAGAGGCCCACGGAGCUGUGCCCGCGGCCGCAGUUCAUCGUGGACGGAGCCACGCGCACCGACAUCUGCCAGGGAGCGCUGGGUGACUGUUGGCUGCUGGCGGCCAUCGCGUCGCUGACGCUCAACGAGACCCUCCUGCACCGCGUGGUGCCGCACGGGCAGAGCUUCCAGCAGGGCUACGCCGGCAUCUUCCACUUCCAGAUCUGGCAGUUUGGCGAGUGGCUGGAUGUGGUGGUGGACGAUUUCCUGCCCACCAAGGACGGGAAGCUGCUCUUCGUGCACUCGGCCGAGGGCUCCGAGUUCUGGAGCGCGCUGCUGGAAAAAGCCUACGCCAAGGUGAACGGCUGCUACGAGGCGCUGUCGGGGGGCAGCACCUCCGAGGGCUUCGAGGACUUCACGGGCGGCGUCACCGAAUGGUUCGACCUGCGCCGGCCCCCGGCCGACCUGUACCAGAUCAUCCUGAAGGCGCUGGAGCGCGGCUCCCUGCUCGGCUGCUCCAUCGAUAUAACCAGCGCCUUCGACAUGGAGGCUGUGACCUUCAAGAAGCUGGUGAAGGGCCACGCCUACUCGGUGACGGGCGCCAAGCAGAUCCCGUACCGAGGGCAGGCCCUGGAGCUCAUCCGGAUGCGCAAUCCCUGGGGAGAGGUGGAGUGGACGGGCGCCUGGAGCGACGGCUCGGCCGAGUGGCACGCGGUGGAGCCGGCGCUGCGCCAGCAGCUCAUGGUCAAGAUGGAGGAUGGGGAAUUCUGGAUGUCCUUCCGGGAUUUCCUGCGGGAAUUCACCCGCCUGGAGAUCUGCAACCUGACCCCGGACGCGCUGCAGUCCCGCAAGUUCCGCAAGUGGAACACGCGGCUCUACGACGGCACGUGGCGGCGCGGCAGCACCGCCGGCGGCUGCCGGAACUACCCCGCCACGUUCUGGAUCAACCCCCAGUUCAAGAUCCAGCUGGAGGAGGUGGACGAUGACCGGGACGAGGACGGGGGGCGCGAGCCCGGCUGCAGCUUCCUGCUGGCGCUGAUGCAGAAGCACCGGCGCCGCGAGCGCCGCUACGGCAAGGACAUGGAGACCAUCGGCUUCGCUGUCUAUGAGGUCCCUCCCGAGUACGUGGGGAGGUCGGGCGUGCACCUGAAGCGGGAGUUCUUCCUGGCCAACGCGUCGCGCGCGCGCUCCGAGCAGUUCAUCAACCUGCGCGAGGUGAGCACGCGCUUCCGCCUGCCGCCCGGCGAGUACAUCGUGGUGCCCUCCACCUUCGAGCCCAACAAGGAGGGCGACUUCGUGCUCCGCGUCUUCUCGGAGAAGAGAGCCGGCACCGAGGAGAUGGACGACAAGAUCCAGGCCACGCUGCCCGACGAGAAAGUGCUGCCGGAGAGCGAAAUCGAUGAGAACUUCAAGCAGCUCUUCAAGCAGCUGGCGGGGCCGGACCUGGAGAUCAGCGUCACCGAGCUCCAGACCAUCCUGAACCGCAUCAUCGCCAAACACAAGGACCUGCGCACCAAGGGCUUCAGCAUCGAGUCGUGCCGCAGCAUGGUGAACCUGAUGGAUAAAGACGGGAACGGGAAACUGGGGCUGGUGGAGUUCAACAUCCUCUGGAACCGGAUCCGCAAUUACCUGGUGGGGCUGGGGGCACUGGGGACCCUCCCGGCUUCUGGGGGGAUUUUGGGGUCUCUCUCAUGGGUGACCCCUAUUUUUUGCGGGGGAUUUUGGGGUCUGUUUCCUCAUGGGAGACCCCUCUCCUCCACUGUUGUCACACCCUCCCAGAAAUACUCAUCCCGUGGGGGCCGGGGUGAGGUCGUGGCCUCGUUUGGCUCCGUGCAGGGCCCGGCCUGGAGCGGCCGCGGCGGCUGCAGCGUCAGAAUCUUCGGGCACCCCGAGCAGAACCUGAGCAAACCCUACAAGUUCAUGUUCCAGAAGGCUCUGGACGUCCGGGAAGUGCUGGCCGGGCGGGUGGAGGAGCUCGGGGAGGUUCUGAGGAGGCACCACGGCCUGGACGGCUUCAGCUCGACAGCUCUGCCAGCUCAGGAGCCGGUGACGGUGCUGGGACAGAUCAGCUGUGAUGGGAAUGGGAAGCUCAACCCCAAAUCCGUGCUGCUGGUGGGGGACAGGGAGCACUCGGGGGGGGCCCAGGUCCCGCUGGACCUCUCGGAGCUGCCGGAAUAUUCCCUGUUCCCAGGACAGGUGGUGGCUCUGGAAGGCACCAACAGCACGGGCAGGAGGAUGGUGGUGUCCAAGCUCUAUGAGGGGGUCCCGCUGCCCUUCCACACCCCCACGGAGCCCAUGGCAGAGCAGAGGAUGGUGCUGCUGGCCUGUGGCCCCUUCACGCCCUCGGACGGCGUCGCCUUCGAGCCCCUGAGUGACCUCCUGGAGGUCGUGGCCCGUGACCGCCCCGACGUUUGUGUCCUGUUUGGGCCAUUCCUGGAUGCCAAACACGAGCAGGUGGAGAGCUGCCAGCUCCUGAGCUCCUUCUCUGACGUGUUCAAGCUCUGCCUCAGGACCAUCAUCGAGGGCACCCGGAGUGCUGGCUCCCAGCUCGUGCUGGUGCCCUCUCUCCGGGAUGUCUCCCAUGAUUUUGUGUAUCCACAGCCACCCUUCCCCUUCCCGGACCUGCCCAAGGAGGACAGAGCGCGCGUGCUCCUGGUGCCCGAGCCCUGCACCCUGGACAUCGACGGCGUCGUCUUUGGCCUCAGCUCCACCGACCUCCUCCUGCACAUGGGGGCUGAGGAGAUCAGCAGCUCCUCCGGGAUCAGCGAUCGCUUCACGCGGAUCCUGCGGCACGUCCUGACCCAGCGCAGUUUCUACCCCCUGUACCCCCCCUCCGAGGAGCUCAACGUGGAUUUCGAGGCUCUGGCGGCGUUCGCGGCGCUGCCGGUGACCCCCGAUGUCCUGGUGACCCCCUCUGAGCUGCGCUUCUUCGUCAAGGACGUCCUGGGCUGUGUCUGCAUCAACCCCGGGCGCUUGACCAAGGGCCGGGCUGGAGGCACCUACGGGAGAGUCCUGCUGCAGAGGGACAGGAAUGGGGACAGGAAUGGGGCCAGGAAAACCAGAGACAAUCCUGGGGACAGUCCCAGGGACAGCUCUGGGGACAUUCCUGGGCAGAAUCCUGGGGACAUUCCCAGGGACACCCCCCGGAGCAGCCCCUGCGUGGCCGCCCAGGUCGUGAGGAUUUGAAAUCCCAGCUCUGCCUGUUCCCCACCCACGGCUGCAGGACCAGGGAUUUGGGUUCAAACUCCAGGA